AUGCCAAAAGGUUCCACGACACCCUACGGCUCAAUCUCAGCACCCCAAGAAGAACACGAUACAUCCACAGCCAUCAAUUCGUCUUUAUCCUCUUCAACAGUCCGAUUCGGCACUCCUGAAGCCCUCGAACACGUUCGAAAACUCACCGAUGUAGGAGCCAUGACUCGUCUCCUCCGCGAAUGCAUUGCCUACCAACGAGCCCUGGAUCUUGAACUGGACACCAUUCUUUCCCAACGCUCCGAUGUCGACAAACAACUGUCCAACCUCCACAAAUCCACCGAACUCCUUGAGAUCGUCAAGGCCGAUUCCGACCACAUGCUCUCCAAUGUCCGCUCCACAUGCGAUCUCGCCGAUCAGGUCCGCGGCAAAGUCCGCCAACUUGAUCUCGCUCAGUCCCGCGUCAAUGACACUCUUCUCCGCAUCGACGCCAUCGUAGAGAGAGGUAAUUGCAUUGAUGGCGUUAAGAAAGCUCUCCAAACUGAAGAUUUUGAAUCGGCUGCUAAAAACAUCCAGACCUUCCUCCAGAUCGAUGCCAAAUACAGAGAUUCUGGUUCGGAUCAGAGAGAACUGUUGCUAGCAUAG